GGGUUACCUGCCCAUAACUUUGGAGGCGGAAACACAGACAGACGACAUAGACUUGAGCCGGAUGGAUUUAUAACGCGGUUAGAGUCACCAUGGCAAAGCGAUUCAUCUCCUACCUCAAUAAACACGAGGUUGUAGAAAUGAAAGAGAAAGGAAAAGCGACAUUUAAAUCAUACAUCAGUGAAAUUAAGGAUGGAGAUGAGGAAGACGAAGAAACAAAAGGGGAUGAUGAGGAUGAGGAAGUAGAAAAGAAUGCCACCGCAUUUUUUGAAAAUUUAAUGCAACCCAAUCUCCUUCCAGGGGAGCAAAUAAUAUCUCAUGCUGAGAGUGUGUUGAAGUAUGCACCAUACUCUGACCGUAAACAAGGCAUGUCUGGCAAUUUAUUUGUCACCAACUUCAAAGUUUGCUUUGUCACAGCGGAUAAGUCAUCCUACACAUACAAAGAGAGCUUACCAGAUUUUUCACCUACCUCCAAAAUUACGGAUUGGCUGCUGAUUGAUGCGGUUCCUGUUGUGACAAAAUCUCGUCAACGGAAUAAGCUGAUUGAUGACAACGAUACACCUUUGACCUGCAUAGAUAGCAUAAUUCAAGUAUUUUCUGGAGGAAAAAAAAAGACUCUACAACCGGGCAGUGUUGUUAGUCCCAGCACCAAAUAUCUGGAAAUACACUGUAAGGAUUUUCAGCUACAUGUGUUUGGCUUUAAAUUUGUUCCAAAAGAUCAGGCAAAGAGGAUAGUCCAAGCCAUUUUGCACCACUCCUGCCCCAACCGCAGUGAUCUACUUUUUGCCUAUGAAUUUGGGCUUAAUGGCAAGUUUACAGAAAAUACACUACGCAACAAGUUUUACGAACAGAGUCACUGGGAUGCAGAAUUACUUCGCCUCCAGUGCAAUGGGAAAUGGCGAGUCACUGAUGUCAACAGAGAAUUUCAUAUGAGCUUAAACUUGCCGGAAUAUUUUGUGAUACCCACAUUCCUUACUGAUUCUGAGCUUACCAGAAUGGCAAACCAGUAUGUGGGAGAGAGAUUGCCAACAUGGUCAUACACAUGUGCAAACGGAGCCAGUCUGAUUCGAAUGUCAGUCUUGUUACCAGACUCUGAUUUCAAGACUUGUGAAGAAAAAAUGGUGUUAGCGGUCAAGGAGGCUAGCGGCAACAGGGACCUGAAGAUUGUUGACUUGACAGAAACCUGCCCAUCUGUGGCUGACAUUCGCACUAGCAGCAUCAAACUCAGGGCACUGUGCAUGACAGACACAUAUAGUGAAUUCUUCAGACAAGAUGCAACGUGGCUGUCACAGCUGGAUGGUAGCCAAUGGCUGAUCAACGUAGGCCGUUGCCUUAAGACUGCAGCGGAAGUAGCGGAUCUUUUGAUCAGCAAGGUGUCAGUAGCCUUGAAAGAAGAAAGAGCUGUUGAUUUGAGUUGUGUGGUGUCGUGUCUGGCACAACUUAUUAUCGACCCCUACUUCCGAACACAGGAAGGCUUUUCAUUUCUGGUACAGAGGGAGUGGACGGUUAUGGGUCAUCCUUUCCAACGAAGAAAUCAUUUGAUACAAGGAACACCUGAAAAUGACAAGGGCCCAGUGUUCCUCCUUUUCCUGGACAGUGUUUGGCAGUUGCUGCAGCAGUUCCCUUCACGCUUUGCCUUCAGCGAGACAUUCCUCACCACAUUGUGGGAUACAGCACACCUGGGAAUUUUUGACACCUUCCUCUUUGACUCAGCCUGGGAGCGCAGGCGUUUCUUCCGUGAAGGUCGGAAAUUGGCCAACAUCUGUUUACCCAGUGCUUGGGAGUGGAGCCUUCAGUUCUCUGAAGACGAUGUCUUGCUUUUCAACAACCCUCUUUUCGUCCUGCACACAUCUUCUGAUCUGGAGGGAGUGAUCAGCAUUGCUCGAGGAUCUUUGAAGCGACAGCAGAAGACAACUACCUUCAGUUACGCACACAUGCUGACUGACUUCUACGACCUGGAGAAAAAGAAAAGUGACUUGUUCCGAAAGCCUGACAGUGAUGUUCUGGCUCCUAUCAACUCUGCACCUGCCAUGUUAUGGAUCUGGUCACAAUGCUACCUGCGAUGGUGCGUCCCAGCACAGAUUCUGCGUGGGGGUCGACCAGCAGAGUACAUGCACCAGUGUUUACUUGUAGAGGAGAUCCUCUGCCUUCAACACCGCAUCAAGAAACUCGAGGAGCAGAAAGACAGGAGGAAAAAAUCCGUGGGCAGUUUGAAGCUUCCACGUCCUCAGUCAGGCUUGGUUUUCUCUCUAGAAAGCAAGUCUGUGUUGGACUCUGGUUACCUUACCUCGUCCUUCCCUUUUCCUGCUGCAGUGACAACUCAAACCCAGCACAAACUGAUCGAUGGACCUUUGAGCAUGUUUCUGCAUGAAAGCCUCGUUCAGUACAAUUACGAUGAAGACAUGGCUGAGGACUGAAGUGCACUUCUGUAAUAAACCAGUCAAAUGCAUCUUUCUUAUAAACUAUCAGCCAACAGAACUUUCCUGUGUUUGUUGUUAACAGUCACAAUCAUAACUUGCCAAAGUAAAAUCACUCAGCUAUGCUUUACACUUGGCCAUUUGUUGCAGAUUUUUGCUUUGCCUUUAUACCAUCAUAACAUUUGGUACUGAAUUGACAUGAUUACAUUAAAAGUACAAUGCAAAAUAAAAUUUAAACAGGUCUCUAAAUGAAACAGGUAAUUGCAUCAGAGCAGAAUGCAUACUACUGUUUGCAUAUAGAGAAGCAGCGAGUCAGUGUGUUUAGAACCAGUCUUUGUAAUCUUCAUUAUGUUUACAAAAACAUCAGUAAGCUCACAAGGUGGUUUUUCAGUAGGUUAGAGCUGCACAAAAAAGACCACCAAAUUACCACUAGCAUCAGAAAAAUGUCAGUAAACACUGGCUUUGUUAUGCAUAUGAUAGAUGCUAGGUAAUAAAUUGUCACUGUUGUUAUCAGUCAUGUUUUAGCACUUUUUUCUCAGUUACAGAAAAAACAUUCGCAAGUAUAAUAAAACAUUUUUUAAAAAUGUUCACUUCCUCGGGCAUAUAUAUGUGUGGAAAAGAUUAACCCUGUAAUAUAUUAGGAAGACUGCUGCUAACUACCCAUGACAGAUGUAAGAUCAUGAAUACAGGAAUGUUUGAAAAGGACAGUAUUAACAUUAUCAAGAAACUAUUUUUUGUUAUAAUUUGUUGAGAUAUAUUAUGCUGGAACUGCUUGGUAAUUUGUAUUCAUAGGAUUCAGCGUAUUGGCACCAGUUGUAUGCACAAUAGGAGUUUCAGGAGUAAGUAUGCCUGAAUUACAAAAGAAUGUGGUAAUAGGUUUCACAGGUUGAUAGCCUACCAGCUGUUUUAACACUACAGGUAACGGAAUACUGCAUCUCAAGCUAGAGCUAUCGUGCCUCAGAAUCAGCACCUCAGUACUUGUACUAGUCUGUACAUACGGUGUAGCACUUUCAUAACAUUUGUGUGCAUAAGGAAAACGUCAUCAACUAAAUAUUGUGUAACCAUGUCAUUGUCAGAAAAAAACAUUUUAGUUAUAAAAAUAGGGAUUAUUCGUGUCUAGAUUUCUCUGAUUGGAGGGGAGGGUUGGGAACUGCACAGAUGAUUGUGGCAAUGCUAUAAGCUCCAUACCGUUGGCAAAGGCCAGUAAUGAACUUCACAACCUGUACAGCUAGUUUUGGUAAUGAAUGCAGCCCUAUGCUGCUACAUAUGGAGUGUUGGAAGAGAGAUGUGUGCAGGCUCUAGUGUAAAAGACAUGAUUGUCAGUUUGUAUGAAUUUACUUGCAACGGUGAAAUAUAGUCAGAUGUGACCUUACUGUGAAUAGUUUAUAUGGAAAACUUUUUUUUUUUUGAACUGAAGUUUUCUAGGAUGUUGCCUAGUUGCAAGUACUGUUUGCACCCAUUACAAAACUGAAGGCAAAUGUUUUGCAUUCAUCCUCUUCUUUUCUUUUGCAUUCUUCAACUUUUAUUAUUUGUGAAUGCAUAAGCCCUGUAGCACUUCAAAGCAAACCUUGCCCCAAGACAUGCAUGUGUAAUCAGUCUUGGUAUUCAUUUAUUUUUUGCCCAUUAUUUGUACUGGCUGAUAUCAUUGUUGUAAUUCCUUUCAAUGUAUCUUUUUCCCUGUAAUCUUUUACAAAUGUUCCAAGACAAAUCAUGUAUAUAUCCCCAUGGUUCAAACCUAGCCGUUAAUUUCAUAUCUAAUAGACAUCCCAUUUCCCUGCCUCAUUCAAAGGCAAUUAAAAAUACCCCUAACUAAAUACUGCUUAUCAUGAAAAGGGUUCACCAAUGGCCUUUUGUAUUUAUUUCAUGCUCAGUCAUGCAAAAUGUGCCACAUAUCACUAAAGAUAUGCUAUGAGGAGCAGCAAAUAAAGAACGGUCACAUUUCAU